AUGCUAUAUGCAGACGGCGUCGCCCCUCAGGAAACACAACUCGUCCAAGCAGUUCGUUCUGUCAAUAAGGACCAAGCACCUUCAUCAAUUGCUCCCACGCAACCUGAAGACAUCUUCUACGUCGACUGUCAUACCGACCCCCAGACCCAAAAGCCAGUCGUCCUCUGGGACGAUAUUCUCCAGGCGUUUGAUAACGCGGUGCAAAUACGAGACAAGGCGAGGGUUGUGCCCUUUUUGAAAGGAGACGACUUCAGAAAUCUUGAACCUCGAAGGAUUGCUGCCUUACCCAGCACCGUCUUGGAUGUAGUUGUGAACGGUCCAUCGGUCGACACAAAGGUAGCAUCGUCACUACCAGGAUCAAUGCAGGAGGAAGUGAAGGAAAUGUGGUCAGACAAGGAUGUUGUUGCCUCUCAAAGUACAACUACCCCUUCUACAUCCACUGUCCGACGGAGCUCUGUUUACGAUCUCGAGAACAUAGCAAUGGAAAACUAUAACCACAUUGACAGACCCCCGUCACCACAGUGCGCUACUUCCGACUUCAGUGCCCGACGCAAUCCGGUUUGGGGUCUUGAGAACGCCGCGAUGGACAGCUAUUCCCAUAUCGACAACCCAGCUUUUGCACCGCCACUUCAAGGACCUCAAGCAAUGGCGGACGAUCAAUCACCUAUAGACAAGAACCUCCCAGCACUCCCACAUUCAAACCAUGAUGCCAAGCCUCCUUUGCGAGCACCUCAUAGUACAACUACUGAUGUGCCGAUCGAGAAGGACUUGGCUCAACUGAGCAUCAGCGCCAGCCUCGGAGACACGAGUGCCCAGGUCGCCUUGGGUAACUUGUACACCGACGGCGAAGGAGUUCUGCAGGACUACCAAUCAGCGAUUGAUUGGUACCUCAAGUCAGCAAUCAAGGAGAUCCAGUUGGCCAGCGCCGCGGCCGACCAAGGACACGCAAACGCUCAGACCAACAUCGGCCUUAUGUACGGCGAAGGCGAUGGGGUCCCCCAGGACUUUGCCAAAGCGAUGGAGUGGUUCCGCAUGGCCUCCGAUCAAGGAUACGCAGGCGCUCAGUUCAUCAUCGGCGUGACGUACUACGUAGGACAAGGUGUUCCCCAGGACUUUGCCAAAGCGAUGGAGUGGUUCCGUAUGGCCGCCGAUCAAGGACACGCAGGCGCUCAGUUCAUCAUUGGUGUCAUGUUCAAAGUAGGCAAAGGCAUUCCCAAGGAUUAUGCCAAAGCGAUGGAGUGGUUCCACAUGGCCGCCGAUCAAGGACACGCAGGCGCUCAGUUCAACAUCGGUAUCAUGUAUACCAAAAGCCUAGGCGUGACCAAGAGUGACUCGGAAGCCAGGAGGUGGUUCCAAAAGGCGGCUGACCGGGGGCACCCGAAAGCAGAAAGAUGGUUGAAGGAGCUGUCCACCAGUGGAUCUGAUAAGCAGAUAGUCGCCAAACCGAUUUAA